GUGGCAUGAGGCUGUCAGGUGUUCACCACAGUCAGCAUCAGUAACAGCUGCCCACUGAGUCUCACCAGCACAACCUUGGUGCCUUUUUUCUGCAGAGGGAGUGCUUUCAAAAUUGGGUUAAUGUCAGGGUCUUGUCUUCCCAUUUCCUGCAGCUUCAGAGAGUGCAGCUGACCUCAGAGGAACCUCUCGUGACUCUUUUGCCUGCACUGCUGCAUUCCUGCCCUGGAAAUGCUGGGUCCCCUCCUUCCAGCGCUGAGAAGUAGCCUGCGCUGGGGUGUGGUCCUGAGACAAACCUGGAAAUGAAAAGGCAGCAGUGCAGGAAAUGAAAGCACAGCCAUGUCCUUAGCUGUGGUGCUUUGCAUUCAAGAUGAGCUUGUCCAGAAAUUGUUACCUCUGCCAAGGUGCCUCUGGUCCUGCGGCAACGAAGGGCAGGUAUAAAAGGCAGCCCAGGUCCUGCUCUCCCAUCCACUUCUCCUGUCUCCUUCUGCUUGGGAACCAGGUUCACACCCAGCCACAAGCCAUGUCCUCCUGCAACCCCUGUGUGCCCUGCCGGCCCUGCGGCCCAACCCCGCUGGCCAACAGCUGCAAUGAGCCCUGUUGUGUGAGGUGCCAGGACUCCACCGUUGCCAUCCAACCAUCUGCUGUGGUGGUGACCCUGCCUGGACCCAUCCUCAGCUCCUUCCCACAGAACACCGUUGUGGGCUCCUCCACCUCUGCUGCUGUUGGCAGCAUCCUCAGCUGUGACGGAGUGCCCAUCAACUCCGGGGGCUUUGACCUCUCCUGCAUUACCAACCGCUACUCUUGCAGACCAUGCCGGCCCUGCUAGAGCUGCUCUUAAUGGCCUUUGUAAGCAGCUGCUCACCUUCAGCCUGUCCUGAAAAGGAAGCCUGAAACGUGAUACUCUGGGUUCUCUGAAAAUAUUGGCAAUGUUCACCUUUCCUGUCUUCCACUCACACUUCUUCUCUCUUCCUUGGUCGUACUUUGCUCCUUUCUAAGCUGCCAUGUGGACCCCAGGAACCCGGCUGGAGGUGUGCUGCAGCCUGUCUCCUCUUGUCAUGCAGUCAGCUCAGCUCCUGUGGAGACUCUGACACAGGAAAUGGGAACACAUCUUUGCCUGCUCGUGCUUCUCCCUAUGCUGGACACCUCCUUUUGGAGUGUCCUGAGUUCCCUCUUCAGACUCGUUCAAACUCUUUGAGGGCAGCUCACCAGGUGCUUUUCUCCAGCUUCUGAUGCUGCUUCUACUUUUUGUUUUCUCCAAGACACUCUAAGGAUUGGUCAUUGAAUUAUUCCAUUAAACUCUCCUCAUCUCAGCCACUGGGAUUUUUAUUUGUUUCUCUCA